ACUCUCGAAGAAACUUCCAAUCUCCACCGUCCCUUUUCUCCUCUUUCAACGUCUCAGAUUACCAUUUCCUCUUUUCGCAUCUCAUAAUUUGACUAUUGAUUGACAAAAAAACAAUGAGCCUCUCUCUCACUCUUCUUGUCGGAAACUCCCCUUCCUCCCUCAUCUCACCGCCGGCGUUACGCCGGAUCUCCGGUGAUUCUUUUUGAGCUCCUAUCGAUUCUUGAUUUCAAUACUUUCCCGGAAAAAAAAUUCCACUUUUUUUCUUUUUUAUGUCUUUUCAUCUCUUCGUUCUUUAGAUUUAGCUUUUUUUCUUCUUUUUCUUACGUUUCCAUGGAUAAACGAUUAGGUUGGGGAACUAAGAGAGUAAAGUUUGUUUUGUUGUGAAAUUAAGUGACUUUGAAGAGACAAAUUAGGCGACUUUGUAGGGACACUGUGCCGAAACCCUAGUUCUGAUUUGGUCAUGGAAGUGUCAUAGACUUUCUAUUGUCGGUUUUAUUUGUUGUAAUUUUGUAUAAAUUUUUUUUUUCUGGUUUUGUUAGGGGAGAUUAGUUUCUGUGAUUAUAGUUUUUGUGGGUUUUAUCUGUAAAUCUGAUCAUGGAUUUGAACGGCGAGUGUAAGGGAGGAGAUGGGUUCAUUGACAGAAGCAGAGUCAGGAUUUUGCUUUGUGACAAUGAUUCCAAUAGCUUGGAUGAAGUUUUCACUCUUCUCUCCGAGUGUUCUUAUCAGGUGACUUCGGUAAAAUCGGCAAGGCAGGUGAUUGAUGCACUUAAUGCAGAGGGACCUGAUAUCGAUAUAAUACUGGCAGAAAUUGAUCUCCCAAUGGCCAAGGGUAUGAAGAUGCUGAGGUACAUCACACGAGACAAAGAUCUUCGGAGAAUCCCUGUGAUAAUGAUGUCGAGGCAAGACGAGGUCCCUGUUGUGGUCAAGUGCUUGAAGUUAGGCGCAGCCGACUACCUUGUGAAGCCUCUUCGGACAAACGAGCUUCUGAACUUGUGGACACAUAUGUGGAGAAGAAGACGCAUGCUAGGACUUGCUGAGAAGAAUAUGUUGAGUUAUGAUUUUGAUCUCGCGGGAUCUGAUCCAAGUGAUCCAAACACAAAUAGUACCACCCUGUUCUCUGAUGACACAGAUGACAAAAGUAUUAGGUCCACCAACCCGCAGAGAGGAACAUUAAGCCACCAAGAAAAUGAGUGGUCUGUUGCUACUGCUCCUGUUCUUGCUGGUGAUGGUGGUCUUGGUUCUGAUGGCACAGCCACUUCUACUCCUGCUAUAGAGCCUCCAUCGAGUCAUCUUGCUGGGUCUCACCAUGAACCAGUCAAAAGAAAUAGUAAUCCAGCGCAAUUUUUUUCAGCGCCAAAGAAAAGUAGAUUGAAGAUUGGAGAGUCCUCCGCUUUCUUCACUUAUGUCAAGUCUACUGUCCAUGGAACCAACUGUCAGGAUCCUCCCCAUGUCAAUGGAAAUGGCUCACUUCAUCUUCCUCGGAGUAUCUCGGAGAAGCUUCAAGUGGUGGGCCUGGUGGCCAGUGAUGGGAUCAACAACACCAAACAAGCACGCCAAGGUAAAGAGACCGAGAAAAACUAUUCUCAAGGAGAGAACUUACACAAUGGUGCCAGCUAUCCAAAUUCCAUUGAGCGGUCUCGUACGCUUCCCACAUCGAUGGAACUUCAUGGGAGGAGUUACCAAGAAGGAAAUAUGAAUCCUGCCCGGUUUGCUAUGAACAGAAGUAAGGAUUCAUCUCAAGUUGAUGCUUCGGGUUUCCCUGCACAAAAUGCCUAUCCUUACUAUAUGCAUGGGGUCAUGAACCAAGUUAUGAUGCAAUCAGCAGCCAUGGUGCCUCAGUAUGGUCAUCAACUUCCUCCUUGCCCACCUAAUCAUGUUAGUGGAAUGACAGGAUUUCCUUAUUACCACCACCCAAUGAACACAUCGGUACAGCACAGUCAGAUGUCUAUGGUUCAGCAUUCUUGGUCACCAGUAGGAAAUCCGUCUUCUAACGAGGUGAGGGUGAAUAAACUUGACAGAAGAGAGGAAGCUUUGCUCAAAUUUAGACGUAAAAGGAAACAAAGGUGUUUUGAUAAGAAGAUUAGGUAUGUGAAUAGAAAGCGCCUUGCUGAGAGGAGACCGCGUGUUAAGGGUCAGUUUGUUAGGAAAAUGAACGGCGUAAAUGUUGACUUAAACGGGCAGCCUGACUCUGCUGACUAUGAUGACGAGGAAGAGGAGGAAGAAGAAGAAGAGGAGGAGAAUCGGGACUCAUCUCCUCAGGAUGAAGCUCUGGGAACUUAACAAACAUCAAGAGCUGAAACCAUGUUAUAUGGCUUUGCUUGCAUCAUAUCAAACAACACAAGAUGAUCGACUGACUCAGAAAGAAUGAUGCUGCUACAGCCAAAAACACUGGAUAUCGAGUACUCUCAAAGGAAAUGAUGGCUCUUGUCGCUCUCAGGUUGAGCAGAGCAUUGAAAAUUACUCUGUGGGUGUGGCUUAGUUCGUUGUUAAACAUAAAAUGUGUUUUUGAUCAUGUUCAGUCACAUUCUCUUGAGUACAUGUAGAAACCCGUCUUUCCCUUCCA